AUGGCCCUCCAAGCACUCAAGCCAAAAAGAAGCCUGCGCAGUCUUCAUUAUGACAUCACAGUGGGUUCAUUGGAUGGAUUUGUGCAACAGCGAUUCAUUGUUAAGGUAUAUUGGAAUGGCGAGCAUGUCCUGCACUUCGACAGUGAGAAAGGCCAGGCAAAGCCACAGGAUCAGUGGGCACAAGCCAUCCUGAGGAAUAGAAACUGGGAGAUCACAGAGACUACAGAGUUUAAAGAGAUGGGGUCGAAUCUCAGACUGACUCUGUCACACAUUUUGAAGCUGGAGGAUCAGAAAAAAGCUUCUCAUUCCCUCCAGGAGAUGCUGGGUUGUGAGAUCAAAGAAAACAGCAUCAUAGCCUUCUGGGAAUACUGCUAUGAUUGGAAGACCUCUAUCUCCUAUGACCUGAAGACCCAGAGAUGGAUGGUGUCCACGUCCUCGACCCAGAUCCAGGCUAUUAAAAUAAAGGAGUCCUGGGAUAAAGAUAAGGAGAAACAGAAGGAUUACAAUCACCGAGUGAAAGGAGAUAUUUGUAAAAGAUUGCAAAAUCUGGACUCCUGGACAGACUUGACAGAGAGGACAGUGUCCCCAGUGGUGAAUGUGAACCACAGUGACCCCACGGAGGAAAAUGUCACCCUGACGUGCUGGGCUUCUGGUUUCUAUCCCCGGAAUAUCUCACUGAUCUGGUUACAAGAUGGGGACCCUCUGAGCAGCCAAGACUCCCAGUUCCGUGGGUGUGUCCUGCCUCAUGCAAAUGGAACCUAUGAGACCUGGGUGUCCAUAAAGGUUCCCCAAGGAAAGGAACAUAUGUACAGCUGCCGUGUGGAACACAAUGGGAAGAAAAGUACCUACCCAGUGACCUUAGGUGAGCACGGGUAA